UUGUCUCUUUUGUAGGCCAUCCACGAAGCUCAAGGCCAUCCACAAACCCUAGCAAAACCCUAAUCCUCGGAAUCCGAUCAUGGCUUCCUCCGUGAUUCUCCGAGCCAUCGGCCGACGCCAGCUCUCCUCCAAUCUCUCUUCUUCUCUCCGAUCCUUGUCUGGCAAUGAGAAAUCAAUUUGGUCUGCUUCAUGUCUGUCCAAAAGCUGGUCAAAUGUGGCUAGACCAUUUAGUUCAAAACCAGCCGGUAAUGAUGUUAUUGGGAUUGAUUUGGGAACCACAAAUUCUUGUGUGGCUGUCAUGGAGGGAAAGAAUGCAAAGGUGAUUGAGAAUGCUGAAGGUGCACGAACCACCCCUUCAGUCGUUGCUUUUAAUCAGAAAGGUGAACUACUUGUUGGAACUCCUGCCAAACGCCAAGCAGUUACUAACCCCACAAAUACCAUCUUUGGGACCAAGAGGCUGAUAGGCCGCCGGUUUGAUGAUCCUCAAACACAAAAGGAGAUGAAGAUGGUCCCUUUCAAGAUAGUUAAGGCUCCAAAUGGAGAUGCAUGGGUUGAAGCUAAUGGGAAACAGUAUUCUCCCAGUCAGAUUGGUGCAUUUGUUUUGACCAAGAUGAAAGAAACUGCCGAAUCAUACCUUGGGAAGUCUGUUUCUAAGGCUGUAAUUACUGUACCAGCGUACUUCAAUGAUGCUCAGCGACAAGCUACUAAAGAUGCUGGCAGAAUUGCUGGGCUUGAUGUCCAAAGAAUUAUCAAUGAACCUACGGCUGCUGCGCUUUCGUAUGGGAUGACUAACAAGGAGGGUCUCAUAGCUGUUUUUGAUCUUGGAGGAGGAACCUUUGAUGUUUCAAUUCUAGAAAUAUCAAAUGGUGUAUUUGAGGUCAAAGCGACAAAUGGUGAUACAUUCUUGGGUGGGGAGGACUUUGACAAUACUCUUCUAGAGUUCUUAGUGAGCGAGUUCAAGAGAACAGAUGCCAUUGACCUAUCAAAAGACAGGCUAGCUUUACAAAGGCUUCGAGAGGCAGCUGAGAAGGCUAAGAUUGAACUUUCAUCAACCUCUCAGACAGAGAUCAAUCUGCCAUUCAUAACUGCUGAUGCAUCUGGAGCUAAACAUUUGAACAUUACAUUGACAAGAUCAAAGUUUGAGUCAUUAGUGAAUAACUUGAUUGAGAGGACACGAAACCCAUGUAAGAGUUGCCUGAAGGAUGCCGGCAUAUCAACAAAGGAAGUUGAUGAAGUUCUUCUUGUAGGAGGGAUGACUCGGGUUCCAAAAGUCCAAGAAGUUGUUGCAGAAAUCUUCGGAAAAAGCCCAAGUAAGGGUGUUAAUCCCGAUGAAGCUGUUGCAAUGGGUGCUGCCAUUCAGGGUGGCAUCCUCCGAGGUGAUGUUAAGGAAUUGCUUCUCUUAGAUGUCACACCAUUAUCACUUGGUAUUGAGACUCUUGGUGGUAUCUUUACAAGAUUGAUCAACAGGAACACAACCAUUCCAACGAAGAAGAGUCAGGUGUUCUCGACUGCAGCUGACAACCAGACCCAAGUGGGUGUGCGAGUGCUGCAAGGAGAACGGGAAAUGGCUUCAGACAAUAAGCUUCUUGGUGAGUUUGAACUUGUCGGCAUCCCUCCUGCUCCGAGAGGCAUGCCUCAGAUUGAGGUCACAUUUGACAUAGAUGCCAAUGGAAUUGUGAUUGUGUCUGCAAAAGAUAAGGCCACAGGAAAGGAACAACAGAUUACGAUCCGAUCAUCAGGUGGUCUAUCAGAUGAUGAGAUCCAGAAGAUGGUCAAAGAUGCAGAACAGUUUGCACAGAAGGAUCAGGAAAGGAAAGCUUUGAUUGACAUCAAGAACAGUGCUGACACAACAAUCUACAGCAUCGAGAAGAGCUUGUCCGAAUACCGGGACAAGAUUCCAUCAGAGGUUGCUUCCGAGAUUGAGUCCGCUAUAGAAGAUCUGCGAAAGGAAAUGGCCGGAGACAAUGUUGACAGUAUUAAAGCGAAGCUUGAUGCGGCCAAUAAAGCAGUAUCUAAGAUUGGGCAACACAUGUCCGGUGGGUCUUCUGGGUCGAGUUCCGGCGGGUCUCAGGGUGGAGAUCAGCCGCCGGAGGCAGAAUACGAGGAGGUCAAGAAGUAGGUUCUGUUCGAAGAUGCAGUUCGGGUUAUCCUUUGUCGAAGAGCUUCAUUUCUUUCUGAGAAUAGGAGUAAUAAUAAUGUUUAUUGUUAUUGUGAAAUAAGUUCUCAAAAAUUUUACGAA